GCCUCUCAAGCUCAAGGGCUCAAGGCCAUUAGCGUAAUUACAAAAUUGUAAUUAAUUCUCAAUCUCAAGGUUAGUAACGUAAUUCUAGAGCUUCCGAGCAGAAAAGGUACGGAGUCGGAAGGAUAUGAUCGCUUAGGAGUGCGGCUAGGGUUUUUUCUUGUCACACCUUCCCUCGGUCCCUUCCAUCUUCUAGCCGCCGCCGCCGCCGCCGCUGCCCAAAACCCUACCUACCCUCUUCUUCCCCCUCACUCUCCUUUCAUCUCCAUUCUAAUGGCGGCCCAACCCGUCCGGCGAAGCUGCUAGUGCUUGUAUCUACUAUCUUCAUCAGGUACUUCGCCAUCCUACUGAAGUAUUCCCCGCCGCCGCUGCCAUGGCCACCCUCAACCCUUUCGAACUCCUCGGCGCCGACGACAACGACGACCCGACGCAGCUGAUUGCGGCGGCGGCGGCUGCUGCUCAGAAAGCCGAGGCGAAGAAGUCCGCCGUGGCGCCUGCUGGGAAGGCUGCCCAGCCUGCGGCGACCACCAAGUUCCCGACCAAGCCCGCUCCUCCCUCGCAGACGGUUCGGGAUGCACGCGGCGGUGGCUCAUCAGCUCGUGGAGGCUUUGGCCGUGGUGAACGUGGCCGUGGCAGAGGUGGACGGGGAUAUGGCCAGAACCGUGGCUUCAGUGGUGACAAUGGCAAUGAGUUCCAGGGAGGUUAUGGUGGCGGAGGCUAUGGGGAUGGUGCUGUAACUGGUGGAUCUGAAGGAGAAAGGGAGAGAGAGACUCGUCCCCCGUACCGUGGCGGAGGCAGACGUGGUGGUUACAGGAAUGUUGAGUUUGCUGAUGACUCUGAGAGGCCACCACGGAGAAACUAUGAGCGCCACAGCGGGACUGGCCAUGGCUAUGAGAUGAAGCGUGAUGGCGCAGGGCGUGGGAACUGGGGCACUGCCACUGAUGAACUUAUUGCCCAGGAUGCAGAGGACUCUCCGAAGAUGGAGGAGGCUGCUCCUGUUGCUGAGAAACAAGGUGAGCAGAAUGAUGCCCCAGCAGCAGAUGAGAACAAAGAUAACAAGGAUGCUACUGCAAAUGAGGAGGAAGAAAAGGAAGAGGACAAGGAGAUGACUCUGGAGGAAUUUGAGAAAAUAAGAGAGGAGAAGAGGAAAGCACUACUUGCAUUGAAGGCUGAGGAGAGGAAAGUUGAAGUUGACAAGGAUUUGCAGUCUCUGCAGCCACUUUCAAACAAGAAAGAAAAUGAUGAAGUUUUCAUUAAGCUGGGUUCUGACAAGGAUAAGAAGAAGGAAAAUGCUGAGCGUGAUGAGCGUGCCAAGAAGUCGGUGAGCAUCAACGAGUUCCUGAAACCUGCUGAAGGAGAAAGGUACUACGGCGGCCGUGGCCGUGGAAGGGGCCGUGGGGAUCGUGGUGGUUUUAGAGGCGGAUACGGAGGGGGAUACAGUCGUGGCCCAGCUGCUGCUGCUCCAUCCAUUGAAGAUCAAGCUCAGUUCCCAAGCCUUGGUGGGAAGUGAAGGGCGCCCAGCUGCUGCUGUCACCGAGCGUUGUGUUGUCUGCUGUUGUCAUAUUUAAAUUUUGUCCGACGUUAAAUUUCUGUGCCACGGUUUAAACGGAACAAAUAAUGAUGUUGCAUGUGGCUAUCUUUAGUUAUGUGGUACUUGACGUU